UAAACUAACUAAUGUUGGCUAACUUUCAUAGCAUUUAGUAUCCAGGCUGGCUACGUUACGUUAGCUUCUUAGCACGUAGCGACCGUAGCCACUUGUUGAUAGAAUUGUAUGUGAAGUUAAAUUUAUGCUAACUUAGAUAUGUUAUACUGGCCGGGCAACUAUAGUUUCACUUAAAUUGCAAGUUUGAUUAAAGCAGACAGACGCUUUAGGUAAUCUAGGAGCUGCAAGUGAACUAUAGUUAACACAAAACACCUCGGCAGCUACACAUGUAUGCUAAAUGCUAAAACGAACUGAAACAAUUUAUCAGGAUAAGACAAAAUAAAAAUAAUACGCCUCACAUAAUUCAGAACAACUUUAACCUAGAUUUUCAUACACAAAAUAGCCAUUGCUAGGGGAACCACUGCAGGGAUUGGGAUGCAAACUCCCAAUGUCUUUAUUUGGUGACAUAAAAUGCUGCUCUGUUUAUCUGCACAUUACUAUUACAAGGACAUUUGAUUUGAAUUGGCAUCAAUAUUAAUACAACCAAAAUGCAUGCACACAUAAAAAUGUCUGCAGUUUAUUCCUGCAUAAAAUGAUAGUUAGGUUGUUUGUAUGAGUUGAAAUGGAUUGUCAAAUGUAGUUUUUACAGAGACUUAGUUUUUGUUAAGGAAAAAAACAGACCUAUAUGCUACUUAUACACUUGGAAUUCCUGUUAUGCUGUGCAUCUAUCCUGACAUUGUAUUAAUUUCUGUUCCAGAUUGAAGAUACACCACCACCAACAACCUACCAGCCACCCAGAAACAAUGACAGGCCAGCUAUACAAGCUUCCUUAAUUGCCCACACCAAAUACAAAGCUGACUCUCAGGACCAACGUUUCAAAGAGGAAGCCAUAGCACUGUGGAUAGGCCGAACAGGCCUCCCUUCACGGACUGUGGAAAGUGAGGAUUUUGUCAAGAUGAUGGAUCAGAUUGAUAAAAGGCUCACUGUUCCAAAAAAAAAACUAAAAUUAAAAACAUUGUGGUCCAAGUAUACCUGUCAGAAAAGGACAAAUUCAAACAAAGACUGUCUGUGGCACGCAGAAUAAGCAUUGGCUUAGAUAUUUGGACCAAAAAGGGUCUCACAGCUUCCUACCAUGCAAUUAGCGCUUGUUAUUUUAACUCUGACAACAAUCAGGCAGAACACAUACUCCUGAGCCUAAAGCAAAUGGCUCACCCACACACUGCUCAUGCUAUCGCGACUCUUGUGGAGGAGUGCACAACAGAAUGGGGAAUCCCAAAAGAAAAAGUCCUCACUAUCAUCACAGAUAAUGGGAGCAACAUGGUUGCUGCUUUUCGUCGCAACAGUGAGGACAACGAAUCCAGCUUUGAGGAGGACAGUCAGGAUAGUGAUGAAGAGGCAAAGGACCUUGAUGUUGAUGAAAGCAUUGAAAGGUAUGGAACAUGGGAGAGGACACCCUGCGUGGUCCAUACCCUUCAGCUUGUUGUCAACAUGAUCCAGAAGGAGCCUGCAAUAAAGAAACUGCUGGACAAACUCAGGCACCUGGUGAGGCUAUUCCGCAAGUCAUCUGUUGCCAUAGAGCGGUUACUGGGAAAGUGUGGACUCACCCUCACCAGUGACUGUCCAACCAGAUGGUCCAGUACUUAUUCAAUGCUGUCUCGUGCUCUUGAAGUGAAGGACCAUGUUGCAUCGGUAGCUGAGAGCAUGAACUGGGACAGCCUGCAACCCAGUGAGUGGCAGAAGCUGGCAAUCCUCAAGGACUUGCUGCUUCCAUUUGCAGAACACACAAAGGUACUUGAAAGCGACACCAAUUCCCCCUCAUUGUGCCUGCGUUGUUGGACUUGAGAGGUCACCUCUCCGAGUUCUCCCGAUGCCAGAGCUACAAGGAUGCAGCUACACUAGCACAGAAGAUGAGUGCAAAUAUGGAGCUACGCUUUGGCCUUUUCCUUGAUGUCACAGAUGACAGGUUCUCUCCUCUUGCUGCAGCUGCAUGUUUAGUUGACCCCAGGGUGUCAGCAGAUGUCCUUGUUCAGAAUGAGAACGAGGAAAUUCAGGAUCUUCUGAAAAAAGCUGAAGACUACAUCAUUCGCAGUGCGACACCAAGAAUCCGUGAGGAGGAGACUGAUAGAGAGGAAAACGGGCAGACAGAGACCACAGAGACAGCCCCUUUGCCAAAGCGGCCUAGAUUUAGAUUUUUCAGUCCCAGUCAUCCAGCAAGGCCCAGGACCGAGUCCAGGGC